CCAGCCUAGGGAAGACUAUGAGUUCAUCAUUCUUCCAUUGCCUCUUCCUUCCUCUACUCGCAUACGUGGCUACUACGGAGGCUGUACAGCAGCUCUUCCCUGACGUUCCUCUUCCAGAAACCACAUCCCACCAGUGUGUAGCCUAUGCGCCAAUACAGGAUAUAUCAGUCUCUGAGGCCUCCGCUAUCUUCUACUCCGCCGCACUGUGGAAGAAGUCACUGAGUUUCCCCGUCUCGGUCCCCAGUGGCCUCAUCCUUUACUCAACGACGAAUCCUUUCUCAUACUCACCUGCAGUAGUCGAGUUCGAACAGCUGGUAGCGGGCAGUUUCCCCGACAUCCGCUUCUAUCGCGUGAAUCUCGUAGAAGCAACUCAAGCUGAGCUACUGCAACUGCAGUGGAUAACCAUUCCCCGAGUAAUUAUUCUGAGUGCUUAUCGAGACUCUGGUAACAAAACUUUCGCCACCAGCAUCGAUCCACCUUUCGACGCUGAGAAAACGGUAUCGUAUAUAGCCAACGUUACAGGUUUGGAGAUCGCCACUGCAUCUCAUUUCUACCGGUCCGCCCCCUUGUACUCGGACGAGUUCAACGUCCGGCUGCGCCUUGAUCCGAGUGUUUUCUCCUUCCGUGACUGGACGGGACUCACAGUGCUGGCGUACAUUUGCGCUAAGUCUCUGUUGCUCCCAGUGCUGAAGAAGAUGCAUAAGUUCGUGCUCAGUUGCGUUGUCAAGCUCUGUUGAUGUACUCUUGUCUCUGC